AAGUUCCCAGACCGUCGUUCAAACGAUUUCUACGUUGCUGGCGAGUCGUAUGGUGGCACAUACGUUCCAAUGCUGUCUGCUCGACUGGUUAAUGAUCCUGGAAAUUUUCCUCAUUUCAAGGGUAUGCUGAUUGGAAAUGGAUGUGUAGACGAUCGCUUGAUGUACAAUUCACUUAUUGACUACAACUAUGAUCACACUUUUAUCGACGAAAACGAGUACCGUCGUGCUGUCGAUUUUUGCUGCAAUGACAACUCAACCUACGCUUGUGACUUCUAUGAGAUGUCACAAAGCAAUAAUAGUUUCUACGAAAUGUAUCAACACGAUGACGGUCUUUACGAGAUGUUCCAAAAUAAUGAUAGCUUCUGCCGCAAUGAGUCUUUGGCACUGAAUGGGGCAAACAUUGCCACAGGCUUGGAUCCCUUCUUCCUCUACUACACCUGCCGACUUGAUGAACCCUCAAGGCCAAGUAUGAGUUCAGUUGUUCUGAGAACACACCUCAGAAAGAGUGGACAUGAGGAGGUAAACAGUACUGUCAUCAGAAACUUUUAA